UUCUUGUUGUGGUUUUCUUGCCUAACCUCAGAGCUUUAUUACACUGUUCCCUCCUCUCCUUCCCCAGCCUGCUUGUCGCUCGCGCGCUUCCUCCUUAAAACCUGAAUCCUAUGAAUAGAAGCUGCGGAUUGUAUUAACACUCCAGUGGGCACCAUGCUGAAGGUGGUGGUCGAGUGCGCUAAAGCAAUCCCUAAAAAGACACUCGGCAACCCUCACCCCAUUGCCACAGUCAUCUUUAAAGGUGAAAAAAAGAAAACCAAAGCUAUUUCCAAUGAGUUAAACCCUGUGUGGAAUGAGAUUAUUGAGUUUGAUUUAAAAGGUUCACCUCUGGACUCUUCUUCAUUCAUCGAUGUUGUGGUUAAAGACUAUGAGACCAUCGGGAAGGACAAAUUGAUUGGCUCUGCAAAAAUCUCUCUCCGUAAUUUGGCCAGUGGUCAGACAAAGUCUUUGUAUUCAAGAAAUGUCUCUCUUGUCAGUGAGAAGAAGCAAGAUUCAGGGGCAACCGUAAGUUUACUGAUUGAAUAUGAGCCUCCUGCCGGUGCUAUUACUAAUGUACAAGUCGAUGGAGACAGCAGUGCUGGAGAAGCAGGUGUUUCACCUGCUGGAAAAGAAGAUGGUGAUGAUGAAACUACAGACUGGAGAGAUCCACGGGCUCCAGGAGAGGCACCUGCACCUGGCCAGCCUGGAAAAACACCCCAAAAGAUGAUCCGUAGAAAAAGACAGAAAGCUCUGUCUAACAAACUCCAAGAUUUCCAGAUUCGCAUCCGAAUCAUCGAGGGUCGACAGUUUCCUGGAAAUAACAUUAAACCAGUUGUCAAAGUAAGCGUUUGUGGACAGACCCACAGGACAAGGAACAAGAGAGGAAACAAUCCAUUUUUUGAUGAGAUCUUCUUCUACAAUGUUAACAUGCUGCCUUCUGAGCUUUUUGAUGAGAACAUCUACAUUCGGGUUUAUAACUCAUCCUCCCUGAGAUCAGACAGUCUUCUGGGGGAGUUCAAGCUGGAUGUUGGCUAUGUCUAUGAUGAGCCUGCUCAUGCUAUAAUGAAGAAGUGGCUGCUGCUGAGUGAUCCAGAUGACUCCAGCUCUGGUGCUCGAGGUUACCUGAAAGCCAACAUGAUCAUUGUGGGAACUGGAGAUGAGCCUCCGACAGAAAAGAAAGAGAGCAAUGAGGAGCAGGAUGACAUUGAAAGCAACUUGCUUUUGCCUCCCGGGGUCACACAGCGCUCAGCGACUCUCUCUCUUAAAGUGUAUCGUGCAGAGGACAUGCCACAGAUGGACGAUGCUUUUGGGCAGACUGUCAAGCACAUUUUUAGAGGAGAGGGUGACAAGAAAAACCUUGUGGAUCCAUUUUUGGAAGUUAAUUUUGCAGGCAAAAAGCUACGCACAAAGAUCAUUGAGAAGAAUGCAAAUCCGGAGUGGAACCAGGUGAUACACCUCCAGGUCAAGUUCCCAUCAAUGUGUGAACGUAUCAAACUUACUAUGUUUGACUGGGACCGCUUUACAAGUAAUGAUACUGUUGGGACCACAUACUUAAAUCUGUCCAAAAUAUCAUCAUCUGGUGGUGAAGUAGAAGUCGACAGAAUGGCGACUGAGGUUGGCUUUCUUCCAGCUUUUGGUCCUUGUUACUUGAACCUUUAUGGGAGCACAAGGGAAUUCUCUGACCUUCCUGACCCAUAUGUGGAGCUCAAUUUGGGGCAGGGUGAGGGGGUCGCCUACAGGGGCAGAGUUCUCAUUGAACUUUCUACUCGGCUGGAUGACAAGAUUGACAAGAAAGUGGAUGAUCUCAAUAACGAUGAUGUCCUAGUAGCACAGAAGUACCAGCGAAAGAGGAAGUACUCCCUCUGUGCAGUGUUCCACAGUGCGUGCAUGCUGCAGGAACCCGGGGAACCUAUCCAGUUUGAGGUUAGCAUCGGCAACUAUGGCAACAAGAUGGAUUCGACAUGCAAACCCCUGGCCUCCACCACUCAGUACAGCUGUGCUGUGUUUGAUGGAAAUCACUACUACUACUUGCCCUGGGCUAACACCAAGCCAGUUGUUAUUCUUACUUCGUUUUGGGAGGAUAUCAGCCAUCGUUUGGAUUCAGUGAACAUUAUUCUCUUUAUUGCUGAUAGAUUGCAAGCCAACAUUACCACACUGAAGACAGCUAUACUAGCUGUUACUGAGACACGACUAGCUGAGAUCUGGCUGAAACUCAUCAACCAGCUCAUUGAAGACCUUACAAAUUACCGGGUACCAGACCUGAAGGGCAAGCCUAACAUGACAGCACUGGAUGGUCAAAUCAAAAAGCUACGAGACACAGCCUUAGUCAACAUUAGAGAUGCCGCCUGCCGUAUGAAGGAAGAGGCUACUGAUGUUAAAGCCACACUGACUGACAUAGACGAUUGGUUAGAACGCCUACAGCAGAUUGCAGAGGAGCCUCAGAACAGCAUGCCUGAUAUCAUUAUUUGGAUGCUGAGAGGAGAGAAGCGUAUGGCUUAUGCACGCAUCCCAGCCAAUGAGGUCCUCUUCUCCACCCUCAGUGAAGAAGCUACUGGAAAGUACUGUGGCAAGACACAGACCAUCUUCAUGAAGUACCCAAUGGACAAAAAUAAAGGUGUGAAGAUUCCUGUGCAACUGCGUUUGAACAUGUGGCUGGGCCUGUCAGCUCACGAGAAGAAGUUCAACAGCUUUGCAGAGGGAACAUUCAGCGUCUAUGCUGAAAUGUAUGAAAAUCAGGCCCAAUUUUUUAGAAAGUGGGGAUCCACAAGCCUUGUAGGCCGCCACAAGUUUUCUGAUGUGACAGGGAAAAUUAAGCUGAAGCAGGAGUGCUUUCUGCCACCACGUGGCUGGGAAUGGGAGGGUGACUGGUACGUCGACCCUGAAAACUGUCUGCUGACAGAGGCGGAUGCAGGGCACACAGAGUUCACAGAUGAAGUGUAUGAAAAUGAAAGUCGUUUCCCUGGCGGCGAGUGGAAGCCAGCAACUGAACACUACACUGAUGUGAAUGGAGAGAAAGCCCAGAAAACCAGUGAGAUUGAAUGUCCCCCAGGGUGGAGGGUGAUACAAGACUGGAGCUUUGACAGCAACAGGGCUGUGGAUGAGAGAGGUUGGGAGUAUGGCAUUACUGUUCCUCCAGAUGAUAAACCCAGCUCCUGGGUAGCAGCAGAAAAAAUGUAUCAUGUUCAUCGCAGGAAAAGACUGGUCCGGCUCCGAAAGAAGAUAUCAGACACCCCUACCAUAGAAAAGAAAGAGGCAGGAGAUGGCUGGGAAUAUACCUCUCUGCUUGGCUGGAAGUUUCACAGGAAGGAACGUUCUUCGGAUACCAUCCGCCGGAGACGCUGGAGGAGAAAGAUGGCCCCGUCUGACCGCUUGGGCGCUUCAGCCAUAUUCCAACUAGAGGGGGCGCUGGGGGUGGACGUUGAUGAAAAAACGAGCAAAAAAGAGGCAGCCAAGCUUUUUGGUGCCAACACACCCACAGUUUCCUGCUAUUUCAACAGGUCGUACAUGUACCACCUCAGAGUGUAUGUUUAUCAGGCCCGGAACCUGCUUCCUAUGGACAAAGACGGUUUUUCUGAUCCCUACUGCUACGUGUCCUUUCUCCAUGUAAGCAAGACCACUGAGAUCAUUAAGGCCAACCUUAACCCCACAUGGGACCAGACCCUCAUCUUUAAUAACAUUGAAAUCUAUGGAGAGCCACAAACCGUUGCCCAGAAUCCACCGGACAUUGUCCUGGAGCUAUUUGACAGUGACCAAGUGGGGAAAGAUGAAGCCAUGGGCAGGUGCACAUGUCCCCCAGUGGUAAAACUGAACCCCAGCACACCGGUGAGCCCAAAGCUGCUCUGGUUCCCCGUCACCAUAAAGGGCCGAAGUGCUGGGGAGAUGCUGGUGGCAGCUGAACUCUUGUUGAAAGAUAAAGCAGCUGAGACUGAACUGCCAAUUUUGCCACCCAGAAGAGGAGAGACAUUGUACAUGGUGCCACAGGGGAUCAGGCCAGUGAUGCAGCUGACUGCUAUUGAGAUCUUGGCCUGGGGUUUGCGUAACAUGAAGGCAUUUCAGCUGGCCGCUGUGUCCUCCCCAAGUGUCAUUGUGGAUUGUGGAGGAUAUACUGUUCAAACAGCUGUCAUCAAAAACAUCAAGAAAAAUCCAAACUUCCCAGGAUCAGUUCUUUUCCUAAAAGUGCUUCUUCCCAAAGAAGAGAUGUACACUCCACCCAUAGUGCUGAAAGUCAUAGACCACAGGCCCUUCGGCAGGAAACCUAUCGUUGGCCAGUGCACUAUAGACUCUCUAGAAGAGUACAGGUGUGAUCCAUACGUGGGCACCUCUGAGGUAUCUAGGACUGCAAAAGUGGCCAUGAUGGUCGCAACCUCCAGAGACGUGAUCAUUGACAUAGAAAGCAAAAUACCAGUUACAGACAGUCAGCCUACUGAAAAGGUGGAUGAAGCUGUGGACUGGUGGAGUAAAUUCUAUGCUUCUGUUGGAGAGCAUGAAAAAUGUGGCCCAUAUCUCCAAAAAGGUUAUUCUACUCUAACACUUUAUAAAACUGAGCUUGAGAACGUAGCAGAUUUCCAUGGCCUGACAGACUUCUGUAACACAUUUAAACUGGUCAGAGGAAAGAGUGAUGAUGGUGAAGAGGAUCCUUCUGUAGUGGGGGAGUUUAAGGGUUCGUUUAGAAUAUACCCUUUAUCAGACGACCCUAAUGUCCAAGCUCCUCCUCGGCAAUUCCGAGAGUUACCUGAGAGCGGUCCACAGGAAUGCCUGGUUAGAAUUUACAUAUUGCGCUGUAUUGACCUGCAACCCAAAGACAGCAAUGGUCUGUGUGAUCCUUAUUUAAAAAUUACUCUUGGAAAGAAGACCAUUGAGGACAGAGAUAACUACAAACCAAACACCUUAAACCCAGAGUUUGGAAGAAUAUUUGAGAUGUCCUGUUUCCUGCCACAAGACAAGGACCUGAAAAUCAGUGUCUAUGACUAUGAUUUGCUAAGUCGGGAUGAAAAGGUUGGGGACACGGUAAUUGACCUCGAAAAUCGGCUCCUUUCUCGAUUUAAUUCAUAUUGUGGUCUUUCCAAAUCGUACUGUGUUUCUGGAGUGAACCAGUGGAGAGACCAGCUUAAGCCAUCACAGAUCCUGGAAAACCUUGCCAGACUGAGAGGACUGCCACAACCACAGAUUGCAGAAGAUGGAAGUUCACUUUCUUUUGCAGGACGAGACUACAACCUUCAGGACUUAGAGGCCAGUAAAGUGCUGCACCAGCACCUGGGUCCAGCCAGAGAGCGUAUAUGCCUGCAUGUACUGCGCAAACAAGGCCUGGUGCCUGAGCAUGUAGAAACCAGGACACUCUAUAGCUCCUUCCAGCGCACACUUUCCCAGGGGAAAGUUCAGAUGUGGGUGGACAUAUUCCCCAAAAGCCUUGGCAGUCCUGGACCACCAGUUGACAUCAGUCCUCGUAAAGCUAAAAAGCACUACCUACGGGUUGUCAUUUGGAAUACCACUGAUGUCAUCCUGGAUGAUACCAGCAUUACUGGGGAAAAGAUGAGUGAUAUCUAUGUCAAGGGGUGGUUGCCAGGUAUGGAGGAGGACAAACAGAAGACCGAUGUCCACUACAGGUCACUAGAUGGAGAUGGAAAUUUUAACUGGAGAUUUGUCUUUGGCUUUGACUACCUACCAGCGGAGCAGCUGUGUCUUGUGUCAAAGAAGGAUCACUUUUGGAGUCUAGACAAAACUGAGUUCAGGAUUCCUCCCAAGCUGAUGAUCCAGAUAUGGGACAAUGACAAAUUCUCACUGGAUGACUACUUGGGUACGGUGGAGUUAGAUUUAAUUAAUCUGAUCCCUCCAACAAAGACUCCAGAAAAGUGCAGUCUCGACAUGUUGAUAGAACAAAGAAACAGAAACACACCUCCCAAAUCACUCUUUGCUCAGAAGUGUGUGAGAGGCUGGUGGCCCUGUGCCAUGGAGGAAGAUGGCAAGAAGGUUCUGACUGGCAAAGUAGAGAUGACUUUGGAGAUUGUGGAUGAGAAGGAGGUAGAAGAGAGGCCUGCUGGGAAAGGAAGAGACGAACCCAACAUGAACCCCAAACUGUAUCCUCCAAAUCGUCCAGAUACAUCAUUCCUGUGGUUCAUAAAUCCAUGCAAAUCUCUGAAAUUUAUUGCGUGGCGCCGGUAUAAAUGGCUCUUCAUUGGACUCAUCAUUCUCAUAUUAGUGCUCCUGUUUGUAGGAAUCCUGCUGUACUCUUUGCCUAACUACAUCUCAAUGAAAAUUGUGAAGCCUUGCUCAUAGGGAGCUCACAAAGAGUCAUCGGAGUUCAGAGCCCUGGUUUUAAGAUUUUCAAGAUUUCAAGAUGAACUCACUGCAACAUUUUAAAUAGAAAAUAUUUGUACUUUUUAUGAAAUACAUACUGGCCAAAAGUUCUGUUUUUUGGUACUUUUCAUUGCACUAAUAUUCAGUGUUGUUUUUGCUGUUUUGCCAAACAAUAUAUACAUAAAGAAGCAAAACAUUUUGAUUCAA